AUGGCAAGCCUUGAUCCUCAACAGGCACCUCUUCGUGGACCCCCGUCCCGUUCUGCGCAACCUCCCAAAUCCAUCCUCAAGAAAUCUUCCGAUACUGCCUCGGCCGAUGGCGGUUCUCUCUUCCCGUCCUCCAAGAAGGAUAAACGCCGCAUCAAGCAUGCCUUGCUUAUUGACCGAGUCACCAAGUCGUCCGCGAAGAAGCCCAAGCGAAGACGGCCAAAUAAAAAGCUGAUCACCACUCUGGAUUCGUUGGUCGAUGCGCUUCCCAGCACCGACGACGCCGGUGCCAGCUACAGCACUGGACUGGCAGCCGGAGACAAACCACAGGACCAGGUCAACAUCAUAAAGCGCAAGAGCAUGAAGUCUCGACCCGGAGCCAUGAAAAGGCGGGAAAAGCUCGACAAGGGCGAAAGAGAUCGCUUCGCCAAGAACAUGGCCCAACUGGCUACCUCGAAAUCCGUGACCGAUGGGGCCAACGGGAAUUCUGGAAUCAAGUCAACUGUACCCUCGGCGAGCGAGAGGCUGGCCGCUCUCAGAGGGUUUAUCGCUCAGACUUUGGAAACAAGGUCGGACUUGAAAAGCACCACAGCGAAAUGA